UAAACUUUAGAGGAAAUAAAAUAAGAAUAAAGGGAACAUGUAUGUGUAUGUACAGCCAUUUCUUUAUAUUAAGAAAAGAAAAAAGAAAGGCAGGUCACAGUUAAACCACAAAUUUUUUAUCAGUCAUAUCUACAGUAGGGCUGAAACAAUCGGAUUAAUCAUGAUUAAUUGAUUAAUAAAAUAAUCGCCAACUAAUGUAGUAAUUGUGCAAUCGUUGACUUGAGUAUACAGACUUUAAAACAUGCCAUUUGCUGAAAGAACAAUCCACUCAGAGCAGUAAUUAAGUCACAACCAUACAAAACAUAUUCAUAUUUUGCAUUUAAGAUGAAAAAACCUGUUUGUCUGUAAAUAUGCACUGUCUAGAACUCCUCAAGUGGCAUAGUUUUAGCUUCACCUGAUUCAAAUUCUGUAAAUAAUCUCCUAGAAAGCACCUUUUGCUACGCGAUAAUUUAUCAGUUAAUUCAAAAAAUUGUCUGCAGCUUAAUCGAUUAGCAAAAUAUUUGUUAGUUAAAGCCAUAAUGUACAGAAUUUGAGUUUAUGGAUUUAUGUAUCAUAAUACAAUAAAAUGAGCUGGUCUUUACCAGGUUUGCAAAUUAUGUAAAGAUUCCUUACUGUAGUUAUUGAUUACUCAAAGCUGGUUCACUUCCAGAAACAUUUGUUCCUGCAUUGUUCUUUUUAAGGACAGCACAUUUUAGUCCGGUUCUGACUUUAACUGGACUAUUCAGUAUUGGUAUAUAAAUGUACUUGUUUUAAUGGAUUCAGAGUCUGUUUAUGCAAAUGUGGGAUGGUCCAAACUCAUCCAAGCAUGAUUCCUGACCAGAGACCAACAAAACAGCUCAGAUUCAUUAGAAAAGGAAGCUUUUAAACACUUGAGGAGAGUUUUGCCUGAUCAUAAUUCUUUUAUUAAUCAUCUAACCUUUUUUAAGACAAAACAUGGGAGUAUUUAUGUUCUUUGUGUUCUGCAGUUUGAUGGGUAGUGUUGCUACUGCUGAGAUUAAAUUAGAUCCAGACAGACCCUUUUUGAGGGUCCAGUUCUCUGACACAGCUGACCUGAAGUGCUGCUACAAAGAUGGACCACUAAAUUUCACUUGGAUCAAGAGCAGUUCAUCAAAGGUUUCCAAAAAAAACCAAAUGGACCAGGUGAUCUUGUCUGAAGAUGUGGUUCAAAAUUACACACAGUCAGAGGGCAAACUGUGUGGCAUCCUAACCCUGAGGAAAGUCAAGUUAAGCGACACUGGGCUGUACCAGUGCUUCCUUAACAAGGAAGUCCAAACACAUGGCACCUACUUGCAGGUCUUCAGGCCAAUGGAGAAGACGCUAAACCUUAGUGAGAGCACCAAAAACAAGAUCCUAACAGCUGAAGGAGUCUUGCUGCUGCUCUGUGUGGUCAUUCCUUCUGCCUCUCUUUUGUUAAAGUCAAAGAGCCUAAAUAGACUGGAGAUGAAAAAAAUGAAACAUGAAGAGGAGAACAUAUAUCAGGGGCUGAAUCUGGAAGACUGCUGUACAACAUAUGAUCAGAUUGAGCGCUCCCAGGCACAAAGCCAGUACCAGGAUGUGUGCAAUGCUAUGGAAGAAAAGGAAGAAAGCCUUCUGGAGAAACCAUGAAUGAAAGCACAAGUCUAUUUUGGGAGCUUUGUGAAAUGUGAUCGGAUUGUGACACACAAUGGGUUUUUGAUUACAGCACAUAAAGUUCUGAACAUUGCAGCUACAUUUUUAGCUUCUGAAACUCAUAUUGAAACUCACAUUCAGUCUUUUGGAAUAAAAACAGCUGGUGACGAAACUGUGUUACCACAUAGUCUAUUCAAUCAGGAUGGCAGGAAGGAUUUUUGCGAUACCGAUCAUGCUUGAUUCAAUCAAAUCUUUAAUUACUGUAUAUUGCAGAUUUUGUGUCUUUAAAAGUAGGUGUUCUGGUUUUCAUUUAGUUUUUGUUAUUUUAGAAUGAAAUGUUUAAGCUUUCUAACAUUCCUGCUUCCAAGUGUUAUUAUAGCUAGUCUAAUUUUCAUUUAAGCUUUAAUAAUUAUUCUCUUGCGGUUUCCUGUAACCUUUAGACAAAUGAAUCUAUCUAAAAUAAAACAAAAAUAGAGAAAUGUG